AUGGCUGAUGAGGUAACUCUCUUGAAUGCCUGGACCAGCCCUUUUGGGAUCCGGGUGAGAACCGCUUUGGCCGAGAAAGGAAUCAAUUACGAGCUAAAGGAAGAGAACUUGCAAGACAAGAGUCCUCUGCUUCUGCAGAUGAACCCUGUUCAUAAGAAGAUCCCUGUUUUGAUCCAUAACGGGAAAUCCAUCUGCGAAUCACUCAUCAUUGUUCAAUACAUUGAUGAGGUUUGGAAGGAGACUUCUCCUUUGUUGCCCUCUGAUCCUCACCUCCGAGCUCAAGCCAGGUUUUGGGCUGAUUUCGUCGACAAGAAGUUAUGA